AUAUGUAAAAGACGUAACAUAAAGUUGAACGAGAAGCUUCUUAAUAUUCCGGUAAGCAAAGCUUCACACGACCGGUGUAAAAAAGUAUUCCAAACACUGGGCUGGGAAUACAUUGACCAGUCAUCGUCCCUGUAGGCAGUGAUGUAUACCUAACGCCCAACGGUAUAUAGUUCUGUGACGUGGGGGAUUGGUAAAAAAAAGAAAAAGAAUUUUAAUGCUUACUUAACAUUAAAAUUGGAAUAGUAAUUUAAGGGUGAUGAUGAUGAGAAGAAUUUCAACCGUUAUCGGGAUGAGUAGGCAGAACACCAGACUCGUCCAUAUUAGUCUCCGUAGUAUUCGGGUUCCGAUCAUUUGUUUUAUCAUACUUUUUUACCGUUGUACUAACGUAUCCGAUUUGGGUGUGAGCAUUGAUAGUGAGAUCACCACGUUCUAUACCAAUUCCGAAACUGAACAUUUUCCUUUUCCGAUGGUUCUUGUCGUACUUCACGCCGUUUGUGGUCUCAGGUUUUGUGUGUAAACAUCCCAUUUUAUAUAUUCUUCUUUUUAUUUUUCGCUGACUUUGGUUUUUCUUCCUUCACAGUUUUUGUUGACGGUCCCGCUUUACCUUCCUUACACGACGUAACGUACUUGAUGUUGGUUGUCUUGGAUUUAACGUAACCGAGAUUCAGUCCGCCUUUACUGAGUUUUAUAUCGACGUUGACGGUUUUGUCCCUUUUUAAAUUUUCCUUAACUUUGAUUCUAUCGCUACUCAUUUCUUUUAUUAAUACGAAAAGAAAAUCCAUCUCGAAGUGAUAACCCCCACCAACAAACAUAGUGCCGAGAAGGUAAAUCAGAUUGUUUGAUACUUUCGGUAGUAUGCUUACCGUGUCAGGAUGUGGUAUGGGGUUCCGGUCUUUGUGUGGUAUAGGGUUUUGGACUUUUACAUCCGGACUUUUCUUUAUCUCCUUAGGCUUUGAGUAGUUAACAUUCGUAUUACUACCAAACCUCAUGUCCUUUGUUGCUAGUGUCAGUGUAUUGUUGUAUCCUGCUAUCUUUUCCUUAAGUAUAAUCAUAUUGGAUGGUAUUAAUAUUAAUCCGGGUGAUAUUGCCAUGUUAAGUACAACGUUAGUAUCCUUUAUUGCUUUCCUCAUAUUGGAGAUGGAUACCGAUACAUCGUCUUGCGCAACGGUGUCUUUAAAAAGUUUGUGGAAUACGUCCUGAUUCUGCAGGGACUUCGCUCCUUUACCAACGAUAGACCAACGUGUCUGUGCUUGCGCACCUAAUACGCAAUAGACAUAACUUUCGACAGAUUGUUGAAGUAACUUUAGUCCUAAAGGUGUCAACCCAUCUGAUUUCUUAGCUAUGAAUUGGGUGUAGUCUGUAUCGCUGUUGUUAGUGACACCGUCUACUUCCUGAUAGCUAAUUCCCAUUACACCACCGGUUUGGUAGUAUGAAUACUUGCAGUUUCUAACCCUACUCUUAUCCGGAAGUCUGCUGUGCCAAAGACCUAUUUCCGUUUGCUCCCGAUGAAAUUUGUUAACCCACGUUUUCUGUGUGGGCAUGUUUCUUUGCAGGGAUUUUAACAAGUCCUUCGUUACGUAUUUUGUCAUUUUGCUCGGAUUUCUGAGGAACCUGCGCAUGUGGUAGUAUAGAUGAUACCUAGCAAUACUUGUGAUUACCCUCGAGGUUCCUUUGCUUUCCAGUAGGUGUUCCAUACUUAUCCCACUUAUACGUGAUAAUGUAAGCAGCCAGUAUCGAUGCAAAAUAGGGGUCUUUUAUAUAAUUGAACUUUACCCUGGUAAUAUCCUUUGCGGUACCAGUCCAUUUUGUGUCGAGAUCGGCAAAGUUGGAUACAAAACUGUUGUGAGAGGUGUUGGUGCAGUCGCAAACGUAAAUUUCGAACCUAUUUAUUUUGUAUGGAAGCGGAUCCCUGUUAUGUCUAAAGACCCGAACGGUUCCGUAAUUACUCCAUAUUCUCUCCCAUUGGUAAAGGUACCACGUCCACUUUUUAUUUCCCCUGAAUGUUCUGGAUGUGAUGUCGUAACUUUCCAGGUCUGUAACCUUAAAGAAUAUGUCCCUGGAUUCUAAAGUUCCAUCCUUUGCAAAUGUAACCUGAAAGUCAAAUUUAGACAUUUCCGCACCCGGAUAUUUUUUCCUAAAAUCUUCCUUCAUCUUCCGUAUUUCUACGGAUAUUGCCGCCUUUACUUUUUCAUAGUUCUGUCCGUAAUAUUCACGGAAUAUGUUUCCACUGGUACUCAUUUUAUUUAAUCCAUGUAAUAAAAAUGAAGAAGUUAACAGUGUUUAUCGAGAAUGGAACUACCGAGUUUUUCCCGGACGAGUGUAUUACGACGAACGCAGAGUCAGAAUUAAUCCUAAAGAAUGCAUCCAUCUACUGGGCUUAUAAAAACGUACGUUUGAAUGUUAACGAUAAUAUUACCUAUGGACAAAAGAAGAUUACCUUCGAAGAUGGCUACUGGACCUUUGAUGCAAUAAAGAAAAAACUGAAGAUAGAUGGAAUAACAAUAGAACGUAACAUACACAACAAUACCUGCAAAAUCUAUCCGACAACCAAGGUGAACGUACAUUUAAAUGAAUUUGCUCCGCUAAUUGGAUUUCCAGAAACAGAGAUCCUAACCUCUGAAGUGUGGGAGAGAUCUCCCUAUCCUAUAGAUAUUAAUCACGGUCUUAAAUACGUUACUAUCGACUGUGAUGUUGUUAAUACAUCCCUAAAUUUCGACGUAAACGGUAAAGGAAGUUUUACAGUGAGCACGUUACCCGUGCCGUCUGACCAGCAUCUGAACGGAACAACAACAUUCUUCAGGGAUAUUGGAAGUAGGGUUUAUGUUAAUAAUGGUUCCCAUAACAGAUUCACCUUCAGUAUCAAUACGAACAUUGGUGAUAAGGUUGAUAUGUCUGCACUUCUUGAAUUUUAUAUCACAUGAAUAAAAAUGGAAGAUAAACACUUUGUUACCGAGCAAGGGUUAAGAGAUAUCUACUACAAUCCAGGCACCGGCUAUCAAUCCGCAGAGAAGCUCUAUCAGAAGGCAAAGGAGGAGGAGGGACUGAACGUUAGUCGAAAAACGGUGAAAGACUGGUUGAAGACUCAGGAUACCUAUACAAGGUAUAAACCUAUCGUUAGAAAACAUAAAUUUCAGAGAACAUUCGUCAAGGACCUAGCGGAUCAGGUGCAGAUGGAUCUAGUGGAUAUGGGAAAAUAUAAAAAUCAGAACAAAGGAUAUUACUGGAUACUGACAGCUGAAGUCGAAGAAGUCGAAGCGGCGGAGGAAGAAACAAGUUUCAUUGACAAUGAUGAUGAGAGACGGGAUGAAAGUAUAUUAAUUCCCAUCGGAUUCAAUCCGGACGUUGAUGGAUCAAGACCCAGCGGUUCCACACCAAACAUCAGACGGGAUGCUGGGGUAAUGAAACGGGCCUAUACGUUGGAUAAAAAGGAUUUCCUCAAAAGGGAACUAGGAGUAAAUAUCAAUAAGGGAGACGGUCCAUCUUCCACCAUCAUCUUUGACAAAAUGAAGCUAACCGUAAAUAAGGCCGGAACAAAAAUUAACGGUGCUACAUUCAAAGAUGUCAAGAUCAUUAUCUCAAAAAAUGGUAAAAUGAUAUACUCCACGGAUAAGAACAAGGAAUCCGUCGUCAAUGAAUACAAAGAACUGAUCAGGAAAGCUAAAAUAGAGCAUUCAAAAACACCUGCAGCCUUGGUAGAGGAACAACUCGAACGACAGAAUUUAAUGCUUCUCAAGAACUUGUGGAUAAUGUAUUGGAAAAUAUCGUCGAAAGAAUGGAUGACGAACUGUCUAACCAAAACCAUUGGAAAGAACUAGCUGAAACUGAACGAACUGCAGGACGUGAACAAAAGGCUCUCCUGUACGAAGCAAUGGCAGACAUGGCAGAACUGAAAGCGGAUGAUAUAAGGUUAAGAUCAAACGAACGACCAAAAGGACCGAAAGCCCUAUCCAUCGUGGAAGAGGAGGUGGAAGUGAACGAUCUUACGAGGUUCGAAAGAUUUAAGAAAUGGGCAAAAGAAAAUAUAGCUGGAAUAUCAGCCGUAGCAAUAUCGGUAGCGGGUAUCAUCACCACGAUUAUUAUGGGAGCUAGAAGUGCAGCAAAAAAGGGAGCGAGAGCAACGAGCAAGUUUGCAAAAGCAGUGGCAAACCUAGCUGGGAAGGUCGGACCUGUACUAGCAUCCGUACUAAACCUCAUCGCCAAGGUUUUAGGAUGGGGAGCAAAGGGUAUUGCAUUCCUAGCGAAAAAUCUUUGGAUUUUAGCACUGGCAUUAACCUACUUCCUGUACAAUGAAUACAAAAAGAAAAAAAAUAAAUACCAUAUAAUAAACAAUGGGAGAUAGAAAAGACUUUAUGAACGAAGCCUUUGAUGCUGGACUUAUUACACUCGGAGAAGUCGCUGCGUCUGUGGUAAGCAAAAAAUUUGCAGGAGAUAGUCUUGGAGUACCAAGUAGUCCAAAGGGAAUUUUAAAACUAGCCAUAGCUCUCGGAGCUGGUGCGGUUGGAGUUCACUAUCUACAGUUCAAAAAACUAUUGCCGGACGAUCCAUUUAAGUAAACAACUAUACAAUAAAAGAAAAUGACGAGCGUCGUAGUAGGAGGAUUAUUCAACGCCGUAGCAUUCGCAGGAGCCGGAUUCCUGUUCAGCAAAUUAAACCAUAGCGGAUACGAAGCGUUGGAAACAUUAGCCAAAACCAAAGAAAAAUGGUAUGAAAGUCAAGUGGAAAAAAGAACAGGAUUGCAAUACUGAGACAAGAACUAGCCGAUGCUAAAUCGGAUAUGGAAGUGACAAACCGUGCUCUUGACUCCCUACGAAAAGCGCAGGAGGAAUUAAUUCUGGACAAAGAGCCAACAAUUCAUGAUUAUUAUAAACCAUCAAGCGAAAUGGAAGAAUACCAACAGAUUACGAUCGGAAUACUAGGUCUGGGGUCUGGAUUCAUAAUUACAAAAAUAUUAUAGAAAAACAAAACCAUUUAUCUACAUAAAUAAGGUCAUGCGCCCGGUCUGGAUUUACUGUUUUUUCCAAAUCUAAAAGAUUUGGAAAAGGGAAAUCACCCAGGUAUAUAUAAACUUCCAUAUAUGGACAUUGUAACGUCUUAUACGAAUACCACACAUAUACAAUAAAUAAAAUGAAUCCGAAUAGGUCAAGUCCUUUAUUAGAUACGGAUAUUCCCAUCGGAUUACCUCCAGCCCUAACACCGACCAGAUACGAACCACCAUCACCUCUACCAGCAACAACGACAACAGAAACACAUACAUGGCGCGAAUGGCGUGAUUGGCUAGUUAAAGACGUGCCGAAAGACAUAAAAAGGAAAGUCACCGACGCAUACAGAAUAUUUAAAAACAAGGUUUUAAGUCUAUACGGUAAGCAACCAACGGUAAAAUCAAAGUUAGUCUCUAGUGCUAUCAAAAAGAAUACCGCUAAAUGGAUGAUACCCGGUGAUGAAUUCAAAGAUCUUUGGGUUUUCUUAAACAGCGCAAGACCUGAAGUGGAAAAGAUCGUUAACGAUGUUGAGGGUACAAAAAAGGUGUACCUGGUACUAAAAUGUGAAAUGGUAAAAGAAGAUCCAAAAACCGGACAGAAAACAUAUACAAUAUUCCACGGAAGAAGUAAAACUCACGCAAUUACAGUUAACAUCAGCGAAGAGUAUGGAAAAAUGCGUGAAAAAAUGUUAGAAAGUCUUGCAAAAUUCCAGAAGAACAGCAGUAACUGGAGAUUACACAAGAUGGAAGAAUUAAAAGUGUCUGUCACAAAGUAUGAACCGCUGAAAGGGAAGGGAUAUACAACACCGAUCCCAGAAAAACUGAAAGGAAAGAAAACCAUCAUUAACAUAAAAAAUGAGGACGACCAGUGUUUUAAAUGGGCAGUAACUAGAGCUUUGAAUCAUGUGAAACGUGACGCAUGUAGAGUUACAAAGAUCUUAAAACUACAGACUGAGAAAUAUAAUUGGGAAGACAUAAAGUUCCCAACAAAGGUUGUGGAUAUUCACAAAUGGAAAGAGAAAAAUAAUAUAAACAUUAACGUAUUCGGAUACGAUGAGGAAACAAAAAAAUUAUAUACGUUAAAACUCGGAGAGCAAGAAAAUCCAACGGAAACAGUAAACCUAUAUCUACACGAUGACAGUCACUACUGCGUAAUCAAAGAUCUAAGUCGUCUCAUAUCCUCCCAACUUAGCAAGGGUAAACGGCGGAAAUUCAUCUGCUUACGAUGUAUAAAUGCAUUCGGGACGGAGGAGCUUCUAGCUGAACAUAUAAUACUAUGCGAGAACCAUAAACUACAACACCAUUACUAUCCAUCCGAAGGUAGCACAACAUUCUUCUUUGAACGGUUACAUGAAGUACCAUUCAUGGUAAACGCAGAUUUCGAAUGUUUUCUAGAACCAAUGGAUCAUGUGGAAGGUAAUCCAACUAAGUCAUACACAAUUCAAUAUCAAAAGCAUAAGCCUAGCGGAUUCUCAUACACGAUAAAAUGUAUGGACGAGAGCGUUUACAAAACAAAAUUUGUAACGUAUACGGCACAAAAUAAGAAUGAGGAUAUCGGAAAGAUGUUCGUUGACUCAUUGGAGGAAAAUUUGAAACCAGUGUACGAAAUUCUUAAAAAAGUAAUACCAAUAAGCAUGACGGAAAAGGAUGAAAAGAACUACACUGAAUCUGACAACUGUUAUGCAUGUGGUAUACAAUUCGGAACCGUCAGAAUAAACGAGUGGAAUGGUAAGGAAGAAAAAGUAAUUAAGUGUAGGGAUCACUGUCAUAUCACUGGCAAAUACAGAGGAGCCGCAUGCGACAAAUGUAACCUACGAAUGAGGACACCAAAAUUCGUGCCAAUACUUUUUCACAAUCUGGAAAGUUAUGAUGCACACUUGUUUGUAAAAAGCAUGGGAUUAAGUGAGGGUGAUAUUAAUUGCAUUCCAAAAACAGACGAAAAGUAUAUAUCAUUUAGUAAGAAAAUUCCCAUGGAAACCAUCGAACUGGAAGAUGGAGAGAAAACACUGUGUCUGGAAAUGCGGUUCCUGGACUCAUACAAGUUCACGCUCGCAUCACUCGACUCUCUCGCCAGCACACUCGGUGAGGAUGAUUUUAAAACAUUAGAAAGCCAAAUGGAACACUCAGGAAUAGAAUUACUAAAAAGAAAAGGGGUGUUCCCGUACGAAUUUAUGACGGAUUAUGACAAAUUACAAUAUGAUAGGUUACCCAGUAAGGAAGAAUUUUACAGCAAAUUAAAUAACACAGACAUAAGCGAUGAGGACUAUGAACAUGCACAAAAGGUUUGGAAGGCGUUCGACUGUAAAACGAUGCGUGACUACCAUGACCUCUACCUCAAGACAGACGUGCUGCUUCUCACAGACAUCAUGUGUAAGUUUAGGAAGAUGUGUAUGGAAAAUUAUGGAUUAGAUUCAUUACAUUAUUACACAGCGCCAGGACUCGCUUGGGAUGCGGCGCUAAAAAUCACAAAAAUAGAACUAGAACUCAUUCACGACCCAAACAUGUACCUCAUGAUAGAGAAAGGAAUACGAGGUGGGGUCAGCACGAUAACGAAAAGAUAUGCGAAGGCAAAUAACAAAUAUAUGAAAAAUUAUGAUCCGAAAAAGGAUAACAUAUACAUACCAUACUUAGACGCUAAUAACUUAUAUGGAUGGGCAAUGAGUCAACCAUUGCCAGUCAGAAACUUCAAAUGGAUGACAGGGACUGAACUAAGCAACUGGGAAAACAUUCCAUGCAUACUGGAAGUGGACUUGGAAUAUCCAGGAAAUCUACAUGACAUCCAUAACGAAUAUCCACUCGCGCCAGAAAGCAUAGAAGUAAAUAAAGUCAAGAAAUUAAUCCCAAACUUAAACGAUAAGAAAAACUAUGUAUUGCAUUAUAGAAACCUGGAACUAUAUCUAGAAUUAGGGCUAAAACUAACAAAAGUACAUCGCGGGGUAAAGUUUGAAAAAAGUCCAUAGUUAGCAAAAUACAUACAACUUAACACAAAUCUUAGAACAAAAGGUGCAACAGACUUUGAAAAGAACUUCUUUAAACUAAUGAAUAACUCAGUAUUUGGAAAGACCAUGGAGAACGUUCGGAACAGAGUAAACGUUAAACUAGUGACCACUGAGGAGCAGUUAAACUCGCUCGCGAAAAAGUCAUACUUCAAAAGCGUAAACAUUUUCACAGAAAACCUAAUCGCUGUUCACAUGGAAAAAACCACUGUCAAACUUGUAAAACCUAUAUACCUAGGAAUGAGCAUCUUAGACCUGAGCAAAACACUCAUGUAUAACUUCCACUAUAACUACAUCAAACCAAAAUACGGUAAUAAUGCAAACCUACUCUUCACAGACACAGACAGUUUAUGCUAUGAAAUUAAAACGGAAGAUUUUUACAACGAUAUCACACCGGAUGUUGAAAAAUGGUUCGAUACAAGCAAUUACGACAAGAACCACAGCAGUGGAAUACCGGUCGGAAAGAACAAAAAAGUUGUAGGCAUGAUGAAAGAUGAAUGUGGAGGAGAACAAAUCUCAGAGUUCGUUGGACUCCGUAGUAAGCUGUAUGCCUAUAAAAUGGACGAAGGAGAAGAGGAAAAGAAAUGUAAAGGUGUGAAAAAGUGUGUAGUCAAAAACGAAAUAGUAUUCGAGGAUUAUAAAAAUUGUCUAUUCUCAGGAACAGAACAAUAUAGAACAAUGAAUACAUUCCGAAGCCGACAGCAUGAAAUAACAACGGAAAGAAUUAACAAAACGGCACUUUCGGCAAACGACGAUAAGCGUGUUAUACUAUCCGACGGAAUACACACUUUAGCAAUAGGACACUACCAGCUCUCUCGGAAGGAUUAAAAAAAAAUCGUUUCAAAAGUCGUGAUGACGUCAUCAUUGAAUUCUUUGGAAAAUGAUCACGUGAUUGAUGACGUCAUAAUUGAAUUUCGGAAAAGAAAUGCGUUAGAGGGACGGAGCGAGCCUGAAUUAAUUAAUGACGUCAUUCAUUAAUCGACAUUUACUGAACCGGUUUAAACCGGUUUAGAAAGCAGAUCAAAAAUGCGCUAGAACCCGUAAAUAUACACUACUCACAGCCAUGCAACUUUCGUAGCAACAUGUUUAGCAAGAAAACGUUUAAGUUUUGUUUCUGUUUUGUUGAUGAAAUUACAUGCUUGCAAUUGUAUAUAGAUACAAUGAAACCAAAUAUUAAUUUUUGAAUCAUUGUAGUUUUGAAAAUUUAGCCAUUUAUUUGACAUUGUUUUGACAGUUGCUAAAAAUAGUGCAACUGUGCCAGCCCCGGUCAGUGAAUGUUUAUAUGCAGAAAUUUUCAUCCCGGUAUAGCGAGAUCUCGGGAACUGGGCCAGUCCAGUCGUCCAUAUAAACGCAACUUGGUUUUUACUAUAAAAAUAACUAAAUGGCGAGAUAUCGCUAAGGCUAAGUGGGCCAGCCAGGCUUCCUUAUAAUCAGCAUUUGAAAAUGGGUCACAUAUACCUUGCGUUUGUUUUCCUUUCAUUUCUUUAGAUUUAUUGCCAUCCAAAGUAGUACCUUGA